AUGUGUAAGUUUGACAUCAUAACCUGCUCAGCCAAGGAUGCACACUGGAUGAAGCUCGAUGCAAUUUACUUAUGCGCACGAGCACGAUCGACUUUCGUUCCCUGCAGCAUCCACUCAGCAAAUGAAGUACAUCUUCGAAAAUCUACACAUCAGAUGUAUCCUGAACCUUGCCGUAAAUGUCAUCCCAAUAUAGAGCAAGACGUGAAAGAAGCAAUGUCUACUCCUAUCGGGACAAUUUCUAGUGAACAAGAGAUUAUUUCUCAGUCUCAGACGACGUCCAACAAUCUUCGUUAUGAUACACAUAGAAAAGUCAAUUUCAAAAAUAGUCAUGCUUCCGAUAAGCCAUGUGAUAGAAGAGUUGACCGCGAUAGUGUGGAUGACGGUAGCGGAUGCUAG